GCAUGUGAGAAGAGCACCACCUGUAUCCAGAGAGGGUGGCGGGGGCUAACUUGUUUCAUCCGACAUGUGAGGUUCCACCACGAACAUGCUCAUACGCUAAAAAGGUGUCUGACUAUUAUCAUGAUUUGUUUGUACUGUCACUCUUCAUCUGGACGUCCGCCGAGAAGAAAAUGCAAUUAGAGGACCGCUCAAAGAAACUGUUCAGUGAGGACAGGAAACUUUUUAAACUAACAGGUCUGGACUUCUGUGUGAACAUAGAUGUUAUGUGGCAGCAAUGAAAGAAAGACAGCUUUUCAAAACAGGAAGUAAUUCAGAUAGACAUUGAAAGACAAUGCAUUUUAAUUUGCAUAGUCAAAGAUAAAAGGGAGGAAAAAAAAAUCAAACGCAUCAUAAGGCACCUACCGGAUAAGUGCUAACCCAUGACAGUUCCAGAAAGGCACUCCAGCCACAAUUAAUGGGCAACAGACAGGGCAAUGGACAAAGCGACGAAGAUCCUGUAAGGGACUAUGCGGAUUCUGAGAUGGAGAUACCCAGACUCUUUGCCUUGCUGCUGAUUGUGCUGGAGUGGACUCGGCCUGGCUUGCCUUCCCCACUGCGGCCAAUCUGUGACCUGCGUGUCCUCGACCAUUUUAUCAAGCAGGCACGAGAUGCUGAGGCUGCUAUGAGAGUUUGUAAAGAAGGCUGCAGAAUUGGUGUGCCCCUCGUGGUUCCUCUGACCAGAGUGGAUUUCGGUGUGUGGGAAAAGAAAAAUAUGGAGGAGCAGGCUCGAGAAGUUCAGACAGGCCUAUGGCUGCUAAACAAGGCCAUCAGCUCAUUACGUACAUCAAUAAGCACCUCUGUACUGCACUCCCACAUAGAUGCCAGUGUCAGAAACAUUGCCAGCAUUGGACAAGUACUGCGUAGCCUCAGCAUACAGGACUAUGUGCCUACAGAUGGGGGUAUAGAUGUCCAGGAGACGUGGAGAGUAUCUUCUGCCUCAGAGCUCUUCCAGGUCCACAUUAAUUUCCUGCGUGGAAAAGUGCGUCUCUUGCUUGCCAAUGCACCCGUCUGCCAGCCAGACAGCUGAUGGGAACACAACAGGCAAGGGCCCAGUUGAUUGCAGUGGUCCAUUACAUAUGGUGGAACACUGCAUCAUGGACCCUGUUGAAAGACUGAAACCUUACAGGUGUCAAGCUCAAUUGGGCUUUGAAAGUGGAGAGUGGGAGAAGUUACGGCACUUUGGAAGUUCUCACAGUGGAUGGAGAGUGGAGGAAUAUAUUUAACUUCAUGGACACUAGAUUCCCUUAGGAUGUAGUCCUCUUUGCCAUUGGCAUGACCAGUAUUGCACACUUUUUUUCUGUCAUGCAGCCAGUCACUACUCAAUUGACUGCCCUCCUAUCAUGGCUGCAUUGGAGGCUUGCCUAACGAAUCACCACACUUGCUUUUUUAAGAUUUUUUUUUAGAAUCUCAAAAGUAUUUUUUAUUGCUUUUGUAAUGUUCAUUAUUUAUAUAGAUGUAUAUUUCACUGUCUGUGGCAGGUUUUAUUAUAAAGGUAGUGUGAGGAAGCCACCUGCUUUCCAUUUUAGCCUUUACCACCUCUAAAAGUUGAACUGCUGAUGAAGUCAUAUUUAUCAUUAUUAAUAUCGCACUGCUGGUUUUAUACAGAUUUUAUUAAGUGUGUGAAUGUCUGCGUGUGUGAGAGACAGAAGAUGUUCGAGAGAAGAGGCUGUUUACGGGUCACUUCUGGUGAGAGGAAGAGAGACCAAAUAGUUGUGUUUUUAGGGGAGGUAAGCGGGGGGCCUACGUGAGGACUGAUGAGGCUGUGUGUUGAUUAUCAGCCUCUGCGUCGUACUCACGUGGGACCAUGAAGCCCUGUGCAGAUAGCAUCACUGCCAGGAAAAAUAUUGAUUGGUUUGCAUGAUGAACAUCCUGCCUGACUCCUGCUCUGGUCACAGUCCAGUGUGUCGGCCUGGGAAACUUUUGAGUGGUUGACAAUUCUUCUUUUGGCGUCAGGCUCGGAUUGGUUAUUCCUGUGUUUGGAUGUUCUUUUUCUGUGCUGUUGUUUUUUUUUGUUUUUUAAGGUUCGUCACUCAAUCAAUAUGUGAAUGUGAAGGAGGAAGUUUGUAAUAGUGUUUUUCCUGUUUUUUUGUUUUUGUUGUUGUUGUUUGGUCUCUGUGCCACUGUGCCAUUUGGUAUUAAAAUGCUAAAUAUUAUUCUGAGAGGAAAAAAAUAGAUGAAUGAAAACAAGGAUGGAGGAUGUUUGCUUGUUUGUUGGAAACUCUUCAGUCAUGCGACUGAGUGCACUCCUUGCCACACACUGAAUCAGUGGCAUUCCCUGAAGCCUGUUGGAACACUGAUGUGAAGACUACAGGACUUAGAAACCCAAGACUCUGUGUAAGUACACAAGAUCCUGUUUAGCAUCCCUUAAACAUAAAUGAAAUGGAAAGUGAAUGAAAAAAAGUAAUUUUGCUGAUUGUCAAGUUAAUCUCUUGUCCUCUGAUUAAACUCUGUGCUGCUUGGCCAUGGAAAAAAAACUGGCAUCAUGAAUAUUGCAGUUCUAAAGAGUGAAUAAAAAAAAUCAAAACGCUGCA